UAUAUAAUAUAUAUUCAUGAUAUUAUGUGGCCCUUCCCUAAAACCACACUUUCUCCAAAGCUCAUGGUCAUAAAAUACUUAUUUAUCGCGGAUAAUCUGAAUUUCAGCGCCAAAAGUCCAAUCAAGAAGGAGAAAGAGCUUGUGCUUCAUUUCAGAACUCUGGAUGAAAUAGGCGAAGAGAGUGAUUUAGAGUGUAUUUACAUUAAUAACAUAGUGUCAGCUGACACUAAGCAAGAUUAA